UAGGCUGCUGUGACUGCAUUUGCAAGGCUGCUCACACAGUUAAAGACUGCAUUCAUCUGCUCCAUUCAGUCACAGAGUGUCGCUGGCCCCGCCCAGCUCUGUUGAGCUACGAACGCCAGUUUGCCUUUUGUCAAGCAGGGAGAAAGACUCUCAGCCCCUCUCUGCUCCCAAGACCCCCAGGCCAUGAAGUCUGAAGAGUCGGACGAAUCCCCUCCAGCAGAUGCCAAUGCCUCUAACAUCAAAGGAGCAGCGGCAAUGCCGGACAAGCAGAAGAACGAUGGGGCCACCAAGGAGAAGCCGAGUUCGAAGCCCACCGCUGGCUCUCAGGUCAAGGCCAAAGUGGGCACCUCGAGCAGUAGACCACCCACCUCCAGCCGGACAAACCCCUCCCAGGCCAGCAAACUGGUCAAGAAGACAAACGAGCAGGAUCCAAGAGCGGCCAAAACUGCGCCCAGGUCGGGCAUGUCUGCCCACGACAAAAUAAUGGAGAAGAAAAUGAUGGCCAGGAAUAAGAUGGUUGGGGAGAGUGUGGCUGUGCCCAGCAGUGCCGGCACCAACGGUAGCCUGCCCACCCAAGUGGCCAGAGGUGCCACAGCCAAGACAUUGCCCCCCGCCAAAGCUGGUGCUAAAGUCAAAAACACAGCGCAGCACGCCUCUGCAGCAUCAAAGAAACCACUACCAGCACCAGCUGCUGCUGCUGCUGCCGUGAGGCCUGCGGGAAGACCAGUCAAGCCUAGUUACAGCGCAGUGAGCAGGCCCAACAGCUCAAUGGCUACAUCCUGCCAAGCAAGUACUGGAGCAGUGAGGAAACCACCAAUGUCGAAGCAACUCAACGAAGGCCUGACUUGCGCUCGAACUGCCAAACCCAGUGUCCCGACGGCAGGAUCCAAACCCGAGAAGCGCCCCCCUGCCUCUAACAGGACGUCUAAAGGUGACCCGACUCUCGGCUCUUCCCAGCUAAAGAAGAUUCCAAGUUUGGAAGCGGCUAAAGGCAGCGCCAUUGGCAGGACAAGCAAGCUAAAACUGCCGAAGCCUUCAGAUUCUUCUUCUGAAACAAAACAUGUGGAUGCAAGUGUGAAGACCAAAUUGCCUGUUAAACAAAGACAGGGGAUAUUGCCUGAUGCCUCUGUUUCCAAGAGCUUGGUGGGCACUGUUCUCCCUUCAACGAAGACCGCCCAAGCCAUCGAGAAGCAACCCUUGUCAAGUGGCAUAUCAUCAAACAACACAAAGACUCUCUCUGAGAAUAACGUUGGGAGAUGUGGGUUCUUGGAGAGCCGCCUCGAUGCUGAAUCAAAGGCCACGAUGGAGGGGCCAUCUACCAGCUUGGUUACUGGACCAGCCGUUGGAGAUGAGGUUGAGGAGCCAGGAGAUAGUCUGACCAUCGAAAACGCGCCCUCUCCACAAGGAAUGAAGGCAGCCCUUCUUACCCUUGACCUUGCCGGUGAAAAUGCUCCUGCAGAGGGAACGGUGGCAGGUGCUGAGGCCAAACCAAGUGUGUAUGUGCCGGCAUUCGAAGGAGAAGAAGAUAUGGAAUGUUUUAGAUCUGUUAAAUUGGCUGGCCAGUUAAACAAAGGAGAGAUGAAUUCUGACCCAAAUUUUGAGCCAGGGCUGUGUUUAACCUACAUUGAUAAAAUGGAAAAUAUUGGAGCCAUGGUUGGGAAUGAACAUAAUGUUCCUGAAGGGUUAGAUACAGUUAAUGUAAACCAUUAUGAAGUUCAACAGACUAACGAGGAUGACAAUAUGAUUGACGUUGGUGGAGAUGUGGCCUUGAUCCAUUUGGAAGAGUGUUUCCUGCCGAGGCAAUGGAUUGUUGAGAAGGACUCUGCUUUGCCAUGCUCUGAAGGGGCUCCAUCCAUUGUGGAUCUUGGUACACCUGAUCCUACUCCAGCAAGUCCACCAGAACAUCUACCUGUAAUUGAGGACAAUGUAGUCCUUGCCCCAACUUUGCAGAACGUAACACUUGCUAGGGGGGCUCCUUUAGGAAGUGGCUUGGAAGAUGCGAGCUCUCUGGAGUCCAGCAGCGAUGUAUCUACUGGGGAGCAGGUUAUGCUGAGUGUGAAUGUGACCGUGCGUGGAUACCCCAAGGCAGAGGUCGAGGUAACUCCUCCUGAAGACCUCCUUCCAGAGAAGCUCUCGAGCUGCGAUCAAGAUGCAGCCUUCAAGCUUUGCGAACUGCUGGCGGAAUGUUUCAGAACAAAUGCAGAGUCGCAACAUCCCGUUGGAAGAGAAGACUUGCCCUCUGGAGCGAAGCUUGGUAUUUUGCCUGGAGAUGGGUGCGGAGACCAUGGGGUGUCCCAGGCUAGCUCGCUGAGCGGCCCAGACAUGGCUGGGAAGAGCAGCAGUGUCACCAGCACUCCGGAAGAGCUGAAGGAUUACAACAGCAGUUCUGGAGUCGAGUCCAAGUCGGGGAAAUUGGAAUCUGCAGAUGACGGAUCUCCUCCAAGAGAGAUCUGCGAACCUGAUCUGGUGGAGCAGGAUUUGGGGAUUCACUUGGAAAGGGGUGAUUACGAGCCGGAGACACUACCAGCAGAUGAUCUACUUGAAGGUUCGUCAACUGAACCCAUGGUCUCUUCAGAUGAUGAAGAACAUUUGGAGGGUGAUCUUGAAACCGUGGCUGAGAUAACAAACCAGCGUGGAUUAGAAGGGAUAGACAACCCUGUAUUUGAGGACAAAGCUGCAACUGAAUUGAAAACUGAAAGUCUCUCCCUUCCGUUUAAUUCCCCCCAAUUCAAUCCCUCUAGUCUCCAGGCUGUGGAGGAAACAGAAGAGCUAGCGACUGCUGAGACCCCCAGCUCUCCAGGGUUGGGGCAACUUGCCCUCCAAAGCUGCCUGCUCUCGACAAUGGAGCCGCAGGCAGGUCUUCCCGUGGACAACCAGGUCUCGAGCCUCCCCCCGGCGAUUGACGGCCAGUCCCAUGGGUCUCCCACUCGGGGUGGCUGCCCUAUUGAAGCUGAUAACUUGACUGGAGCCGUCCCCGACGUGACUUUAAACGUGCAGCGAGCAUUUGACCUGGUGGAAGACCUUCCCAGUGAGUUGGCCGAUGAAUCACUGCCCAUGAAUGCAGAGGUCCCUGGAGCAAACCAUCCCAUGAACUGCCUCGACGGGGAGCUGGCUAAAUUACAAGAGAUGUCUGGUGGUACGGAUAAUGCAAAUGGAGGCUGCAUGCAACAGCUAUGCUACCCUCUGUAUGAAAAGAAUGAUAACGUGUUGGCAGGCAUCAUGAAUGAGGGCGAUAAAACAGUGCAGACUCACUGUGUACCUUGGAUAACACCACUGCACCCACCUAUCCUCUCCACAAUCUAUGAAGCGGCUGACUGUGAGGAGAGCAGGCUCGAAGAGGACUAUGAGAGCAAAGAUCUCCAGACACUGGAUCUCCCCUGCCUCGAGUUCAUUGAAGAUCCCAGCGACAGAGUCUUGUCCCUGCAGAUUGAGCCGGUGGAAGUUGUGCAGCAAUUGAUUAACCACACGCUACUACUUUCCGGAGACGGAGUCAAGCUACAAAGCAAGGUAAUGGUUGACAAAGCAGAGCUGAGCAAGUGGACCGAUCUCAUAUCGCCGUUAGAUGACUCCACGGCCAGUAUCACGUCCGUAACCAGCUUCUCUCCUGAAGACCUCUCCUCUUCACAAGGGGAAUGGACGGUGGUAGAACUGGAAACUCAUCAUUAGCCAAAUGGCAUUGCCUGCCUUUUGCAUUCUGGCCAGAAACAUCAUCUAAAUUGGAUGGCCCGGUGUGAUAUUGGAAGGGUGCAAGUCAGACCAAUACUUGUUCGUACCUGAAGAUCAUCUUCCUAUGAUCUUGCUAUCGAUGUCACUGGUUUGAGCUAUGGGGCGUUCUCCAAUAUUGUAACUUCCAGGAUGAACGUAAAAGGGAUUAAAUAAAAACAAUGAUAUUAUUCUCAUGGGAAUGGCCCUAAAUGCAGCUGCCUAUACUUUUAAAUUGGAUCGGCUUGUAAUGCAUUGAAGUAGCUUAAUGAACAAUAUGCAAUUCUUUAACUGGAAUCUAAAUCUUUAAACCCUUCAUGAUAGUUACAAGAGCUUAGAAUUGUCUACACUGGAUGUGUUUAAAAUUGGUCUUUUGUCUACGUGUUUCAGCAAGAGUAAAGGGCCUGUCCCACUUACGAGACUUUUCAGCAAACUGUCUGCGACCUUGAAGCUCGGGGGCACUCGCCUGGAAACACGCGAGUUGGAUCGACCUUCAGCGCGGCACACACACACACACACACACGUGUAUAUACACACACACAC